CAGCAACCAUGCCGAUCGCACCAAGGGCAUGCUCCAAGACCGCAAAGACGCCUGCAAGGCCCUUCACCGCAUCCCGUCUCGACUACGAACUCAAGCUCGUCGGUGAAUAUGGUCUCCGAAACAAGCGUGAAAUUUGGCGGGUUCUGCUUACUCUCUCAAAGAUCCGACGUGCUGCGCGAGAGCUGCUCACGCUCGACGACAAAGACCCCAAGCGUCUUUUCGAGGGUAACGCCCUUAUUCGCCGACUCGUUCGCGUCGGUGUUCUCGAUGAGACACGCAUGAAGCUCGAUUACGUGCUUGCCCUCCGUGUCGAGGACUUUUUGGAGCGUCGUCUCCAGACGCAAGUCUUCAAGCUCGGACUUGCCAAGUCUAUCCACCACGCCCGUGUUCUCAUCCGUCAGCGUCACAUCCGUGUCGGCAAGCAGAUUGUCAACGUGCCUUCCUUCAUUGUGCGUCUCGACUCGCAGAAGCACAUUGACUUUGCCCUCACCUCGCCCUUUGGCGGUGGUCGUGCUGGCCGUGUCAAGAGAAAGCGAGCUGCCGCUGCUGCCUCUGGCGGCGACGAGGCGUAA